GCUCCUUUUCUCAAGCCAAAAAAAACCCAUUUUAUUUCUGUGUUUCAAACUCUUCCUCCCUUCAUAUACUUUCAAAGCAUUUCUCUACUUUUGUUCCCAUAAUUUUACUUCUCCGAACUUUGCUUCCAUCAGCAAGGCUUUCCUUGCAAAUUCAUUAAUCUAAGAGCCUAAGACACCCAGCUGUGUGUCUAUGGCGACGACGAAAAGAGAUGGAAUUGGAGGGAGGGAGAAAAGAGUUCCAUCCCCUGCAAAUUCUAACAUCAACCUUGGACAAAGAAGCACCAAGAAUUCCAACUCUCCAUCAUCAGGGAAACAAGUACCAAACUACCUCAACCCUGCUACCGUGACCUCACGCAGCGAACCCUCCAAGAAUGCCAAGAAACCUGGCAUUGUAUCUGAUAAAGACAGAGCAGCCAAGGCUGCUCUUAACCGAAGAAGAUCCAUGGACAGGCCCGAUCCAUCCGCUACUCGAGCAAAUAAAUCACUCAUUUCUCCUGGUCACAAGGAUAAUACACCGAGAACACUGCAACCUGUGUCCUCCUCUAAAUCCAGUACAUUUUCACCCAAGCCUACCGUGCCUAAGACAGGGACGGGAAAGCCGCUGAUGUUAUCUUCUUCAAGGAGCGUUAAGAAACCUACAACUGUGGUUAUUAUUAAGAAGGAUGCUGGGUCGAAGAAAGCUCCGAUUGCGAGCAGUACUGUUCAUGAUACAAAACAAGUGAUUAAGGUUGAAACCAAGAAUGAGAUGGAUGAAUCAUCCCCUGUUCAUGGUGUUGAAGAGGUAAUAAAGGUCGAAAAUGAGGUGGAAGCUCCGGAAAUACCAAAAUCCCACAUCCAAAAGGAACUUGAUGUUGUGAAUGCCGAAGUUAAAGAUGCGAAAGAAGUGAACAAGGAUAUCAUUUGCGAUAUUGCUCCAGUUUCAGAAGAACAGAGUCUUUCCCAGAUCGACGAAAUUGAUGAGGGUAUUUUACAGGGAGAAAAUUUUGAUCCUGAAGAUGAUCGGGAAGGCGAAGAGAAUGCCAAGAGUGAUGGUGAUUCUCACGAGGGCAUAGAAACAGAGGCCGCACAUAAAAUGGAAGAGAAUGUAGUUGAUGAAAAGGAGGGUAGAAAUGAAGAAGAAGAAAACAAGGAGGUUGACGAAGGGAGUCAAAAACUGACAGAAGACGUGGAGAACAAAAGUGUUGAAGAAUCAAAGCCGGAGGCUGUAAAUGUGGUGGCCAAACGCCAAGCGGCGGCAGUGCAAGGGAAGAAGGAAUCUCCGGCGGCUUACAAUGCUGUGAUUGAGGAGACAGCAAGUAAGCUUCUGGAGAAGAGGAAGAACAAGGUGAAAGCACUGGUUGGGGCAUUCCAGACUGUUAUAGAUUACGAAACCGCUGCUUCCAAAUAAAUCCUGUGAUUUAUCAUUUCAUUGAAUCAUUGCAGUUUGUUAUAGUUCACUGAUAAAUGAAUCAACAAUCAUGUGUUGA